AUGGCCGGGUCUGGGUCGGUGACAGUGGUGGACGACAUCCAGGAAGCCGAGUCCAGUGAGGAGACUGGGCUUUUCUACAAGUAUAUCGGCUCGAUCGACUCUGGAGCGGCGUUACUAGGCAAUGGAACUGGAUUGCAAGUCGCGGGCACGUCUGGGGUCCUGGUCUGUCGUCAGGAGAACGGGAUCGCGGUGGUAAGAGCCUCGGAUGCCACCGCGGCAGUCCUCCAGGCCAGUCCCACGGGCCGUUUCCUGGCGCUGGGGGCCGCCGACACUCUGACCCUGGUUGAAACCGGGACGUGGACCAUGCUGCGCACGCUGCGCCUGAGCUCCAUCGAGGUGCAGACAGAAGCGACCGCCAUCGAGCUGGAAAGCCUGGCCUGGCUGCAGCCAAACCGCAUCCUGGCUCAGCCUGUGGCCCCGCUGGGCCUGCUCAGGUGGGAGGGAGAGCUCCCCGACGCCAACAGCGCCCAGUUCUCAGAGUUCUUUGCGCUCAAUGUCCUUCCUGAUCGGACAGCGGGUGGACUGAGGCUGGCCGAAGUUCCGGGCUGGGGUGCCACAAUCUAUUCGCAUGCUGCGGCAGCAGAUGACCACAUCAAGGUGCUCCUGCUCGAGGACUCUGGCGACCCGGUGGCGGCCGACAUCACCGACGACCGUCUUGCCAUCCGGCUGCCCAAUGCACCCGACGACGGCGACAACUUUGUGACAGGUCUGGGCGUGGACCUCACGGCAGGCGUGCAGGUGGAGGUGUCGCACCCAACCGACCCGGAGGCAGGGGACCUGGGUCCCCAGCCUCUGCUGUGGGUGGCAACCAGCGACGGCAUGCUCCGCGCGUACACCUUUGGGUCGACCGAGGGCCGGCCCAGCGUCGUGCUGAGUGUCGCACAGCCCCUGGAACGCCUCGCGCUGCCUGCAACCUCUGGCGGAACCCGCGAGCUGGGCCAGGACUCCGGUCUGGGAACAGACGCCCCUCCACCCUCGCCGCCCCUGUUCGCCUUUGCGGGGGGACCCGGGGUCGCGGGUGCCCCGUCCCCCGGCAUCUUUGGCAGCAUGCCCUCCACGCCCUCGAUAUUCGGCAAGGUGCCCCAGACGCCCUCCAUCUUUGGCCAACCGGCCGCCACCCAACCCGCUGGCUCGCCCUUCCCCUUUGCCGCACCCGCCGCCGAGCCGGUCUCCAGCCUGCGGCCCGUCGCAGGCCAGGCCACCACCCCUGCCGCCGCACCCGCGCCCGCGGUGGCCGGCCCCAAUCCACAGCCGCCGCUGCCCUCCGCCUCCCAGGUCAAGGCCGCCGCUGCGCUGCGAGCCAAGGCCCUGGGGGUCCCCGAGCCUCGUCAGGGCGCGGGGGCGGCGACGAGCACUGCGGGUGGCAAACAGGGCGGCGCAACUUUCGCUCCCGUGGCCCGCUCGUCGAGCAGUGCACCCCCUGCACCCCCUGCGCUGUCCGGCAGCAAGGCUGGCGCGCCGGUCUCCAGCCUGCGGCCCGUCGCAGGCCAGGCCACCACCCCUGCCGCCGCACCCGCGCCCGCGGUGGCCGGCCCCAAUCCACAGCCGCCGCUGCCCUCCGCCUCCCAGGUCAAGGCCGCCGCUGCGCUGCGAGCCAAGGCCCUGGGGGUCCCCGAGCCUCGUCAGGGCGCGGGGGCGGCGACGAGCACUGCGGGUGGCAAACAGGGCGGCGCAACUUUCGCUCCCGUGGCCCGCUCGUCGAGCAGUGCACCCCCUGCACCCCCUGCGCUGUCCGGCAGCAAGGCUGGCGCGGCCGAUUUUCUGGACUCGCUCCACGAAACACGCCGGCUGGAGGUGGAGGUCCAUGCUGCGGUGAAGAAGGCGGUGGACGAGAUGGAGCGUGGCCCCACGGCCCGCGUGACGGCCGGGGUCGAGGCGGCGCGCAGGGGCCUGGAGGCCGCCCGCGCCGCGCUUUCCAGCCAGGCCGCGCAGGCGGAGCAGCUGGCCGACGCCGUGAAGGACUGCAUGCGCAAGACGGCUGCCAUGCCGCGCUUCCUCCCCGCCGACGGGGCGGGUGCUGAUGAGGCACCGGCAUGGCCGCUGGACCCUGUCCUGGCCGCUGCCAAAUGCCAGCUGCAGGCGCAGCUGCUGGCCGCCAGGGUGAAGCUGGCCGAGCUGGGGGCCGCUCUCACGGAGCUGGAGGAUCGGCAGAGGAGCGUGAGGGCGGGGGAGGCCAUGUUUGACCCCGUCAAGCCUCAGCAGGUCCUCGACAUCUUCAACGCCCAGAUGGAGAUCAUCGUGCGCAGGUCGGAGGAGCUGGAGGGCCUGAAGAGGGACGCCCAGGUGCUGGGUAUCCUCGACAUGGACUCGCCCCGUGGGGACGAUGACGGCACGCAUGGAGUGGCGGAGCUGAUGUCGGGUCUUCACAUCCCUGGGACCCCUCCAUCGACUCGGGCAUCUCCCUGGAAGUUGGUGGGCGACGCCUCGCCCUCCCUGGCGUCCCUCUCCAUCAGCCCUGUGCCGGCUCGUGGCGCCCUGGCUGGGAGCCAGAGGAAGGGCCUGGUCCCAGCCUCGCCUGCGUCCGACGUGUACCAGCGCAUCCUCCGUCUUGCCAGCGGGCCCGCUUCCGGCGGCCUGAGGGUCACCGACGUCGGCCAAGGGAUCGCGGGAAGCCUGGUGCUGCGCCUGCCCCUGGUGAGGGAGGGGGCCAGGUUUCAGGUGAUGUUGGACAACCAGGCCGGUGUGCAUGAUGGUAUUCUGCGCGCUCCCGACCCAACCCGCCGCACCACGCCCCGGACAUCGCAGGUGGGGCCGCCCUCUUUGGCUCUCGGUCGCCAGGCGGGCUCGCCGGUGACCUGA